GCACGGACGACUCGAACGCACUCUUGCAGACCUCUGUGGAGCAUCUUCGAGCUGCAGCAGAAGAAUGUGGCAGCUUAGUGUUCCUCUGCCAGCUCUUGAUUGGCUCAAGCCUCUUGAUUGGCUCAAGCCUCAAGAGAUCUGUGAGUAGAUCCACAGCUAAACUGUGAUGCGAAGCACUAACUAUGGAGAUGCCUACGGUCGAUCGGGACCUUUCUCAGCCUACGGAAGCUAUGGGCCACAACUAGGAAUGCAGCCACCCACAGCCUACCACAUGGGGGACGUUGGAAUGCCCACGUACCCCGCCGGCCGUGCUCACGAUUCAGUUCCGUUGGUGGUUGGCCAAGGGGGCCUGCCGCCCACCACGAUUCUGGCUCCCAGAAGGCCCAGUACCCAAAAGGCUGACACAGAAUCAUGUGCUGAUGAGGGCUGCCCUGAUGAGAAUGAUGAUGCAGAGGACAAGGCAGGGAACCAAGACCUCUCCUGGACCUUUUUGGGUGUGAACUUCAAACCAUUGCUGCCGUUGGCGCUUGCUCUCUCAACGGUCGCGGGUGCCAUUUGCAUGCUACUCUUUCAGAUUCCACUGCUGUCACGCGCGACAUCUACGAAUGAGGUCGCGCUUUCGGCAGCCUUCUGCGUGCUCUAUGGGAUCACGCUGGGCUUCAUGACAUGGUGCUCCUUUGCGGAUCCUGGGCAAGUGAGGAAGACUCGAAACCUAGACCGCAAUGCCAUGGACAUUGAAGAGGGGAUGCCCAGGCGCGCACACAGGUCGUGGCAGUAUCCCCGCCCAAUUCGCCGCUAUGACCACUACUGCAAGUGGUUGAACAAUGUGAUUGGUCUCCUCAAUCACAGGGAGUUUGUCUUGAUGCUCUUUGGUUUGCUGCUGAUUGGAGUGCUUGGCCUCGUCAUUGAUCUAUGGCUUGCAAUUUUGAUUGCUCAGAAGGGCUUCAUGGAGAGUGAGAUCAUUGUGGCACUUCAUUUGGCAUACUCAGUGGCCCUGUUGGCGAUCGAUUGGCCCAUUUGCAGGAUCCACCUGGGCCUCGUUUCCCGGAAUGAAUUGGCACAGGAGUGGAAGAAGAAUGAGAACUACGUGGCCAACAACACGACCCUUGGGGACAACAUUCCCGUAGAGGAGUUGGACGAUGAGGAGUACAAUGAAUUAUUUGACAAGGAGGCAUUUGUCUACGACAAGACUCGAAAUCCCUUCGACCACGGUUGCCCCACGAAUUGCUUCAACUUUUGGUGCAAGCCACGCUGGUCAUCUGAUGCAAAAGGAGAAUUCUGAGCAUGAAUCCAUCUUACCUCGAAAGGGAGGUUUCAGUUCCAGUGUUGAGACUUAAAGGAGUUCAACACCUGUCAAACGCAUCGAACAAACCAAUUCAGCUGGCCGAA